CCCCUGCACCCUCCUAACUGGAUCGCAGGUCUCUCCUUCCUCCAGCUCCAUCUUUCUCUCUUUCCCGCCUCCCCACCCUCCGGUCCCUCUAGCCAGCUUUACAGCUCCCAAAUUCCGGGCGAGAGUCCCAGGACAAAACAAGAAAAAUCAGAGCAAUUUGGGAAGUAAACAGAAACUGGAAAGGAGUGGAGAGAGAAAAGCGGGGAGGACCCAGGUGGUGGUGGUGGUGGUGGGGACUCUCCGGUCCCACCCAGUUUAGGGAAUGCCCCAGCCUUCUCCCCCCUCUCCCCCUUCACCUGGCUCUUAAAGGGCCGGGCCCCUGACCAGCGCUACUUAAGGCAGAGGGGCGCCAGCGGGCAACAGCUGCGCAAGGACCGCUCUGCAAGAAGUGGACAGGGCAGAAACCCUGACCAUGACCCCCGACGGGCUGCCGCCGCCACUGCUGUUGCUAACUCUGUUGCUCGCUGUCUGCCCGGGAGGCUCCUUGACACGGUGCCCAGACUGUGGGCAGGGGGUGCAGGCGGGCUGUCCGGAGGGGUGCGUGGAGGAGGAUGGGGGGCCGCCUCCUGCCCAGAAGUGUGCAGAAGCCAAGGGCUGUGUGAGGAGAGAAGGGCAGCUGUGUGGGGUGUACACCCCGUUCUGUGCCUCGGGACUGCAGUGCCGCCCGCCCGAGGGCCAGGAGGAGCCUUUGCGGGCACUGCUGAUGGGCCGGGGCCGCUGUCGCCAGGCGCGAGUGCCCACGGAGGAGACUCCAAAGGAGAAUAAACCCCAUGGAAGUGCCACUCGCUCCCAAGAUGUGAACCGCAGAGAACAACAGAAGAAUCCGGGAACCUCGACCACUCCUGCCCGUCCAAAUCCUGGGGGUAUCCAAGACACUGACAUGGGCCCCUGCCGCAGACACCUAGACUCAGUGCUGCAGCAACUCCAGACUGAGAUCUUCCGAGGGGCUCAAACCCUGUAUGUGCCUAAUUGUGACCAUCGAGGCUUUUACCGGAAGCGGCAGUGUCGCUCCUCCCAGAGGCAGCGCCGAGGUCCCUGCUGGUGUGUGGAUCGAAUGGGCCAGCCCCUGCCAGGCUCUACAGAAGGAGAAGGAAGCUCACACUGCCCGGCCGGAAGUAGCGGCUGAAGUGGGGUGGGGGCUGCAUGCGGCUGUCCUCUAGGGUUACUGGUUAAGUGAUGAGUAAUUCGGGGGCUCUGGACCUCAUAAUCAUCUUCAGGUUCUAUCCCACUGUUCCCCUCACUCCUGGCCCCUUACACAUCUAGUUGGAGGGAUUGCGGUGUCAGCUUGAGGUGUUAAUAAAGCUGUGUUGGGGUCUCUA